AUGUCCACCGGGCGGUUCGUAUCGUCUGCCUCGAUCAGCAGCACCAGCACCACGUCGAGCAACCAGAUAUCGGCCAAUGUGCCCAUCGCCAAUACGGCGAACAAGUGGAAACGGGAGAGUGAUUGCGAUGAAUUUGUUGGGGCGCGCCGCUCCAAGCACACGGUAGUGGCGUACAAGGAGGCGAUUUACGUGUUCGGUGGUGACAAUGGAAAAAACAUGCUGAACGAUCUGAUCCGAUUCGGGGUGAAGGACAAGUCGUGGGGCCGUGCAUUCGCCACGGGGACACCCCCGGCACCGCGCUACCACCAUUCGGCCGUCGUUACCGGCACCUCGAUGUACGUGUUCGGAGGUUACACCGGAGACAUCCACUCGAAUUCUAAUCUCACCAACAAGAACGAUCUGUUCGAGUACAACUUCCAGAACGGCCAGUGGACCGAGUGGAAGUUCACGGGCCGCACACCGGUGGCCCGCAGUGCGCACGGUGCAGCCGUCCACGAUGGGAAACUGUGGAUUUACGCCGGUUACGACGGCAACGCGCGGCUCAAUGACAUGUGGACUAUACGGCUGACGGGUGAAACACAUCAAUGGGAAGAAGUGGAGCAGAAGGGUGAUCGACCCCCGACGUGCUGCAAUUUCCCGGUGGCCGUGGCCCGUGGUUGUAUGUACGUGUUCUCUGGCCAGAGUGGGUUGCAAAUUACAAACACCCUUUUCCAGUUCAAUUUUAAGGACAAAACGUGGCGCCGAAUUUCGACGGAACACAUACUGCGCGGAGCUCCACCACCGCCAGCCCGUCGUUACGGGCACACAAUGGUGCACCACGAUCGCUUUCUGUACGUGUUUGGCGGGGCGGCCGAUUCGACGUUACCGAACGAUCUGCACUGCUACGAUCUGGACAGCCAGAUUUGGUCCACCGUUACCCCGGCCCCGGAAUCGCAGAUACCGAGUGGUCGGCUGUUCCACGCGGCCGCCGUCAUUGGUGACGCGAUGUACAUCUUUGGUGGUACGAUCGACAACAACGUGCGCAGCGGCGACACGUAUCGGUUCCAGUUCUCUAGCUACCCCAAGUGCACACUGCACGAUGAUUUUGGCAAGUUUCUUCAAAACCGUCAGUUCUGUGACGUGCAGUUUAUUGUCGGCACGGAAGAGGUGAAGAUUGCGGCCCACAUGGCAAUGAUCGUGGCCAGGUCACAGUUCUUACGCUCAAAAAUCCUCUCUGCACGCGAUGCUAGAAACAUACACUUUGAGAAACUUUUCGGAACCACCGACGUUCCGCUGGCUGAGCAACCGAUUUUGGAAGUGCAACUACCGGACGCUCAAUCUGAAGCAUUCGAGAUUGUUCUCAACUAUAUCUACACCGACCGGAUUCUGUUCAAAGAUCCGUUCAGCCACAAGAUUGUGCUGAUCAUGAUGGACGUCUAUCAGCUGGCGGUUCAGUUCAACAUUCCACGACUCGAGCAGCUGUGCGUGCAGUAUCUGGAGUUUAAAAUUUCGAAAUCGAACGUUCUCGAUGCACUGUAUAACGCCGAUCGGAUGGGACUGACGCUGAUCAAGGACUACUGUCUGGCGUUCAUCGUGAAGGAGGAUCACUUCUACAACAUCGUCAUGUCGGGCGAGUUUUCCGCCCUCGAGAAGCCGCUGAUCGUGGAGAUCGUCCGAAAGCGGCUGAACCCGAGCAAGCACACGGCGGACAUGAAGUACGACAAAACGAUUGGCACGUCGCUGGAAAGUGACAUGGCCGUGUUUCUGAAGUCGGGCGGCAAGGAGUUUUGCGACAUCAAUCUCGUGCUGGAGGAAAAGAUCAUCCCGGCCCACAAGGCGAUCCUGGCGGCGCGCUGCACCUACUUUCAGGCCAUGUUUCGCUCAUUUAUGCCGGCCGACAACACGGUCAACAUACAGAUUGGGGACAUUUCACCGUCGCUGGAGGCGUUCGAUUCGCUGCUACGGUACAUCUACUACGGCGACACCAAGAUGCCGCCCGAGGACUCACUCUACCUAUUCCAGGCGCCCUGCUUCUACGGGUUCGCCAACAAUCGGUUGCAAACGUUCUGCAAGCACAAUCUGGAGAACAACAUUUCGUACGACAACGUGCUGCAGAUACUGGAAGCGUCCGACAAGAUGAACGUCCUGGACAUUAAGAACUACGCGCUGAAGAUGGUGGUGCACAACUUUAGCCAGGUGGCCAAGCUACCCAAAAUGCAAGAUCUGUCCCGUGAGCUGCUGCUGGACGUGAUAAUGGCGAUCGCGGACAUGAAGGUGGAAAACAAACAGCGCAUCCACGAUACGUUCAUCAGCCAGUACAACGACAUCUGAACGUGUUUGACCGCCUCACUACUCAGUAUUCUGUUGCUCGACCCUUCCGCACCGAAACGGUGCCCCGGAUGAAACACAAAACACGCGCCAACACGAGUGUUGCCAAUUCAUUGGCAUCAAGAUCAAUGUUAUGUUUUCGCAUAUCGCAAAGCAGAUUCUCGUUAGUAUUUAUAAUGAGUUCUAGAGAUGUUUAGCGAAACUUUGCUUAAGCUUGACGAUUAUUCGAGAAAGAAACGCAAACGCCCCCGUGGUGUGUGUACUGUAUAGUUCAAAAUAUUUAUUUUCCUACAAUAAAAAUA